GUUUAACUUUACAGAGGAAUUUUCCAGCACCUCCGAGACCAUACCAAUAAGUCUCUCAAUAAGAUUAUGGGAUUUGGUACAAUCCAUUCUGUAUGUUCUUUUGUUAUGUCAAGCCAUUUCAGAGUAAUUAAACCAGGAUAGGUUUUGUGAGUCAUAACGUGGAUAUUAAGCCACCAGAGUAAAUAUCACCCUUUAUUAUGCCCUUAAUCUGUUGUUUACCCAUUGGUUUUAAGUGUGUGUCUAUGUCUGUGUGUGUCUGUGUGCGUGCAGACAUUUGCACAGAAAACGCAGCGGCACAGGCUGAGAUCGUUGACAAGCACAAUGCCUUCAGGAGAGCGGUUCAGCCUACUGCUUCUGACAUGCUGAUAAUGAGCUAUAGUGAGGAGGUAGCAGCCAGUGCUCAGGCCUGGGUUGAUAAAUGUGUUCUGGCUCAUGGAGCACCCAGUACCCGCAUGCUCAAUGGAUAUGAAUUGGGUGAGAAUCUGUUCUAUUCAUCUUCACCUUACUCAUGGACGGACGUCAUCAAUGCCUGGCACAGUGAGGUGUCACACUACCAGUAUCCCAGAGGCUCCACCAACAGCCAAGCUACUGGUCACUACACGCAGGUGGUGUGGAACAGCUCCUACAAAGUUGGCUGUGGAGUGACACUGUGCCCUAACAACAUCUACUUCUAUGGCUGCCAUUACUAUCGAGCAGGCAACUUCAGGAGGUGGCCACCCUAUAAGGCUGGACCCCCGUGUGCUUCCUGUCCCAAUAACUGUGAUGACAAACUCUGCACCAACCCCUGUCCUUACAUAAACAAAUACAUCAACUGUCCAACCUUGAAAAACACGACUGGAUGCAGCAAUGCCCUGGUGAAUGUGUGGUGUCCUGCUUCAUGCAAAUGCCACAAUGAAAUCAUUCCAAUAGCAUAAAGAUAAGCUCUUUAAAUUGAUUUAAAAUGUCCACACUAUUGACAUAUUUGUUUGGUUCUCUGUCAUUCUAUCUAUGAAGCAAUGAUAUUCUAACUGUGAUGUGAUGUUGUGUUAGCUUAUAGCCACGACACAAGCAAAGAACAUGUGUCUGGAAAGAUCUGGUUAAGUAUUGAUUGCCUUCAGUUAAAGGCUUUGUGAGUUUUGAGGAAUAUUCCCAGUGUUGCAUGCACAUCAUGUUGGAUUACACUUAACCUGCAGGGCCUUGUCAUAUGUUUAGGGGGAUAUGUUCUUCUAAUCAUUAUGAAUUGCAUAAUGUGUUAUAUAAAUAUCAAUAUAGUCAUAUAAGAACUACAUUAAAAUGAAAGUGAAAAAUGCUCUCAAUGCUUUAGUUUGGCAAUUGGAUGUGAUUCAGCUCUCGAUAUUCUCAAUAACUAUUUUAUUAUAACUGAAGAAAGGUUUGACUUUACAUAUAUAGAGGGUCAAUUUAUUAUCCACUUUUCCUACGUUUCAACUGUGGGCUGCGCCUUUGACAUUAAAGCUUGAAUCAGUA